AUGCGCCCCGGAAGCCUCGUCGAGCGCCUGACUGGCCGUGCUUCGAGCAAUGCUGAACAACCGCCCGUGAUCUCCAGCCAUGCGGCCGUUGCGCUCUCCGUUCUCUGCACUCUGCUCUACGUCGUGCCGCUGUACCUCUCGCCGACCAGCCGGCCGUCUCCCACCUUGAGUCGCGAUGCUCCCUCUGUGAUCAAAUAUCGCGUACGGGCUGUCAUGGCCUCGUGCUUCAUCUGCAGUGCUACCGCACUUCUUUGGAUUGCGUCCACCGCCCGUGCCACCUAUCUUGACGCCCUUCAGCUGCUUGGCUGGUGGCCAAUCAGCUACGCUGACAUCCUUCGAUCGCUUCUCCUCACCUCCCUCCUUUUUAUGGGCCUGUUGUUCGAGCGAGGGAUUGCGGAGGGAGAAUGGAGGAACUGGGUUCGGCUUUCGUACUGGAUCGAGUCUCUUGGGGACUGGGUUGGAUGGCGGAAUUACGUGGCUGGCCCCAUUACCGAGGAAGUGAUUUUCCGCUCGAUUAUUGUCACUCUGCACUUGCUGGCCAAUGUUUCCCCCGCGCGCAUAGUCUUUGUCUCCCCUCUCUAUUUCGGCAUUGCUCACGUCCAUCACUUCUAUGAGUUCAAAUUAACGCACGCAUACACCCCUCUGGGCCCGAUAAUUUUUCGCACAGUCUUCCAGUUCAUCUACACCACGAUUUUUGGCUGGUAUGCGACUUUCUUGUACCUUCGCACGGGCUCCCUUUACGCUGCCAUCCUUGUCCACGCUUUCUGCAACUGCUGUGGCCUUCCGCGGCUCUGGGGGCGAGUGCAGGUCGAGAUGCCGAUUCAGGUUGUCAUAAGAGGCAAGGAAGACGGGCAAACGCCUUCGGAACGAAUAGAAUACAAGCAGCUCGGGGUCUCUUGGACCGUUGCGUACUAUGGGAUCUUACUCGUUGGCACCGUUGCGUUUUGGCGCCAACUCUGGCCGUGGACGGAUUCUCCUUUAGCCCUGGUAUUCUUUCCCCAGUCUCGGUGA